AUGGAAAAAAGGGGUCAAGAAAGGGAUAUAGGGAUCCCAAAUUUCAAGGGUUAUAAUCCUUCACAACUCAAUCAAGAAUCACCAGUCAAGCUUCCUCUUGCUCCUAUAGUUUCCACUCCACCAGAUAGAAGAGGAAAUGCAACUGUUUCGACGCGCCGCGGAAGUGCUAUUUUCAGCCCUAUACAAACUCUAGAUCACCACCGUCCUCUUCCUCCUCCACCUCUACUACUACCACUUGUACAGAAAGACUCAACUCCAGCUCCAGAUCCAGAUCCAGUUACUUCUCCUUGUGGAUUAAUUGGUGGCGCAUCAAAUUCAAAGUCACCGCCGCCGCCACCACAGCAACAAGUUCAGGAAUCAGGAGCUUCCACUGCAAUUAGAUAUAGAGAAUGCCUGAAAAAUCAUGCUGCAAAGAUGGGAGGUCAUGUCGUGGAUGGUUGUGGAGAAUUCAUGCCAAGUGGAGAGGAGGGCACCCCAGAAUUCUUGAGGUGUGCUGCUUGUGAUUGCCACCGGAGUUUCCACCGGAAAGAAGUCCAAGGCCAUACCAAUAGCCACCGGAUUCCAGUUCUACAAAGCCAAUCUCCUCCCACAAUGCCGCCGCAGCAUAACAAGUACUCCCAUACGCCGCCAGUGAUGGUGGCGUUUGGUGGAAACAGCGGUGGAGCUGCUGCUGACUCAUCUAGUGAGGAUCUAAACAUAUAUGAUUCCAGCGAAGGCGGACAUGCAAUGGUGCAGCCAUCAUUUUCCGGGUCCAAAAAGCGGUUUAGAACAAAAUUCAACCAAGAACAGAAGGAUAAAAUGCUUGAAUUGGCUGUAAAACUCGGGUGGAGGAUUCAGAAACAAGAUGAACAAGAAGUGCAGCAGUUCUGCAAUGAAGUGGGUGUAAAGAGAGAGGUGUUCAAGGUUUGGUUACACAACAACAAACAGGCCAUGAAGAAGAGACAAAUCUAA